UAACACCGGCCUGAUGGGAUCGUGCUCUUGAAAGACUGCUCGAAAAUUCUUUCAAUAUAAUUAAACAAUAACAAAUAAAAAGACCAUACACGCAUAUUUAUUAAAUUAAUAAAAAAUACAAACAAAAAUAAAACAAUCUACCAAAAUAAUGAUGAUUCGACAAUUAUUUUCAAUGAUCGGCUACGGCAGGAAAUUGAAGACUUUCUCACCCAAAAAUGUGGUCUUUAUAACCGGCUGUGAUUCUGGUUUAGGUUUCACAUUAGCCCUAUUUUGUCAUUCCCUAAAUAUGACCGUAAUCUCAGGUUGCCAUAGUUGUAAGUCUGAAGGUGCUAAACUAUUGCAAAGUGUAUCCGAUCCCAAGCGAAUGAUAACAGUGGAAUUGGACCUUCUGAAACAGGAUACAAUAAUUAAGGCACAUAAAUUGAUUCGUGAAAUAGUUGAAAACGAAAACGAUUAUAAUUUCACAGCCUUGGUUAAUAAUGCUGGAGUUAUGUGUUUUGGUGAAUUCGAAUGGCAAACAAACAAUCUAUUUGAAUCUCAAAUUAAUGUUAAUGUUUUGGGAACGAUGCGAAUGACCAAAGAAUUGCUGCCGUUGAUAAGACAACAUCGUGGAAGAAUCAUUAAUAUCACAAGCCAUUGUGGUCUUCAGAGUCUACCCGGCUUAGCACCGUACGCCGCAUCAAAAGCAGCUCUAAGAUUCUGGAAUGAUUCACUUAGAAUCGAAUUGAAAAAAUACGGCGUAGAUGUUGUGAACUUCAUACCUGGAUCAUUUGUAGCUGUUAGCAAUAUCUCUGCACGUCAGCAGAAUCAUGCACUUGAAAUGAAAAAAGAACUAAAUUCCGAGCAAUUGGAGUUCUAUGGAGAUUAUUUCAAUGAAUAUAACGAAUAUCUUAAAAUAAUAUCAGGAUUCAAGCCACCAAAUGCCAUGGACGACAAAUCAUUGCUGGAUAAGUUCAAAGAUGCCAUCGCAAAUACUUAUCCACGUUCGAUGUAUAUUCAUGAACCUUUGAGAUACAAAAUAUACAGAUACCUCUUUAGCAUCUGUCCAACUCCAAUUGUUGACUGGCUUACUUUAAGAUUCUGUUCAAUGCCUUCCUACAAAGGACAGAAAAAAGUUCUCUAAAUAAAAAGAUUUAGUUUAUUUUUGUGAUUUUAAAAUUUUUAAUUUGUUUAUUUCUUUUUGUUUUUUUUUUUUUUUAAUAUAUAUAAUGUAAUCUUGAUGAUAUUCCACUAGAUAUUUCUUUUUAUAUAAAAACAAUAUAAUAUAUAUAAUAAUUAAUCUUAAUAUUUAAGAAA